AGAGCGCCCAGAGAGAGAGCCGAGGGAGCAGAGGAAUGGAGACUAAAGCAGUGAAGGAGAAGAGCCGGGAGGACGGACGGGCCGCCAUGGCGGCGUGCUACCAGGGGUUCGAUCCUGCGGCCUACCUGCAGUACAACUACACGCCGCCGCGAGCAGACUUCUGCCGCCGCGACAGCAUCGUACCCUGGAAGCUGGGCUGCCUGCACCGCGCCUUCACAGAAGAGGACAUCACAGGGGGGGUCCUGGUGGACGUGGGCUCCGGCCCCACGCUGUACCAGGUCCUGAGCGGCUGUGAGGUCUUCGAGCGCCUGGUGCUCACGGACUUCCUGGAGGUGAACCGUCGGGAGCUGAGGGGCUGGCUGCAGGAGCAGGGGAAGAGCAGCCUGGACUGGACCCCCUACCUCCAGCACGUCUGCAAGCUGGAGGGACGCGGAGUGUCGGCGUGGAGUGAGAAGGCGGCCCGUCUGCGGGCGGUGGUGUCCGACGUGCUGCCCAUCGACGUGCACUGCCCCCAGCCCCUGGCCCCGGGGGCCCUCCCCUCUCCGGGGGCCGACUGCCUGGUGUCCAGCUUCUGCCUGGAGAGCGUGAGCCCCGACCUGGACGCCUUCACGCGGGCCCUGGGCCACAUCGGGGGCCUGCUGCGGCCCGGGGGCCACCUGCUGCUCAUCGGGGCCCUGGGGGAGAGCUUCUACCUGGGGGGCCCCGGGGUGCAGAUCCCCGUGGUGCCCCUGGACGAGGCCCAGGUGUGCGGCAGCCUGAGGGAGAGUGGCUUCACCCUGAUCCGGAUGGAGGUGUACACCCUGCCGCCGGACAUGAGGGUGGGCGUCGACGACGUCAGCGGCAUCUUCUUCGUCAAGGCCAGGAAGGACUGA